AUGUUUAAAAAGAUUAUGGGAUUUUUUACAAAUCCAGAUGAAAAUGAGAGUGUAAAUAACUAGUAAAAAUAUAAUAGGCAGCAACAGCAGAAUGAUUAAGCUUCUAGAAAUUGUCAAUCUUAAAAAUAAAAAUAAAUAGAUUAGAAUAAAAAAGAAUGCAUCUCUCAAGACAAAUAAUAGCACCAUCAAUUAGAUUAAGAAAAUUAGUAGCAAUAAUUUGCAUAAAGAGGAAGAAUAAUGUCUAUUUAAGAAUAGCUCAUUUUAAAUUAAAAAUUUAUGAUUUAUGAAAACGAAUUUAGUGAUUAUUUAAUUCUUCUUGACCAAGAUGAGGAGAUUAAGGUUCUUUCAAGUGAUGAAUGGAAAUAGAUAGUAGUUAAAAAAUCAUUAGAAGAAUUUUAAAAUCAGCGAAUCUAAUUUAGUUUAUUGAAGGGAAUACCAUAUGAUGUCCGAAAAGAUGUAUGGCUGAUUUUGUCAAAAGUUGAGGAGUUAAAAAUAUAAAACAAAAUGUUUAACUAUGAAGUUAUGUCAAAAACAGAAGGUCCUAGCGAUAAAUUAAUAUUAAAGGAUCUUAAUAGAACUUUUUCAGAUAUGAGAUUCUUUUAAAUUUAUGAUAAGCAUGAUAAAAUAUAUGAAGGAAGAGAAAAACUAUUUAGAGUACUAAGAGCCUACUCACAUUUUGAUUAAGAAAUAGGAUAUACUUAGGGAAUGAAUUUUAUAGCUGCAAGUCUUCUUGUCCAUUUAAAUCCAGACAAUGAAAAAGAUUUAGAAGUAGAAUUUAUUAACAAGGAAUAUGAAGAAAAUACCUUUUGGAUUCUAGUGCAUAUUAUGCAUGUUAAAAAUUGGAGAAUUCUUUUUUUAGAUGGAACUCCUGGAAUACAUCAAAUGAUUAAAACUCUGGAUUAAAAAAUGAAAGAGUAUGUUCCUCAAAUUUUUUAACAUAUAGCUGAUGUUGGACUUGAUAGCUAUUCUUGCUUCUCAUAAUAUUUUUUUACAAUAUUGCUAUAUAAUGCUCCUAAGACUGUUUAGAAAAGAAUUUUAGACCUCUUUUUAUUUGAAGGUGAGCAGAUUCUCUACUCAGUAAUUAUCAAAAUGCUAACUCUCUGUUCUGAUAUAAUUCUAUCUAUCUAUGAUAUGCAAAAAAUGAUGGAAUUUUUCAAGAAAGGGAUACUUGAUGAAUGUCAUAAAAUUUUUAAAGAAGAAAAGAAGAAGGGUGAUAUAUAAUUUGGUGAAUUUAAAUUUAACAUUGCAAAAAUAUCUGACCUAGAUUUAUAAUAAAGCUAAUGA